AUGGGAGUUGAACGCGGGAAGAAGGUUCGCGGCAGACGAGGGACGAGUCCAGCCAAAGAGAGUGAAGAGGACUUGGACACCACUCUUGAACAACUCCCAGUGGAGGAGAAACACUGCAUCAACGCCAAGAUGCAGCUGCUGACACAUCACCAAGAAGAUGGAGUCUCCAUGUACGACCACUUGUCCACCCUGGUGUCGACCCUCCUGGACGCUGUUCCAGACAACGUAGCAGACGACAUUGAGAACCUCAGCAGACGACUGAAGAGACAGCGCGUGUUCGUUCAACAGAGCACCGUGAGACCGUGCACAACCACGUGCACAUCCGGGCGUCUUAUGAAGGCAGAAUGGAGGCUCUUCAACUCCAACUGUGAGAAACCCACAGAGGAUGAAGACCCCGAGACGGAACUAGACGACCGGUGGAACGUCAUGCCGAAUCUCUUACGUCACAACCACAUCUUCCAAUUGGCGGGGGUCGGUCUGCCAACCGAGGAGUUCAUCCGGCUCACCAUCGCCAUGAAAGAGCUCGUUCGCUAUUGGCCAGUUGAGACCAUUCGGUUUUGGGGCAAGAUUUUAGGACGCAGUUCGAAUUACUACAUCGUCGAGACGGAAUUUGCCGAAGGCAAUUACGAAUCGGACAUAAGCGAAGACGAAAUGAGUGAAACUAAAACCAAGUCCCAUAUAUACAAAAGUGUACUGUGAUUUUCAGAUCUGUCGUCGACCAUCAAGCCUGACUACAAAGCGCCGCCGAAAGUACCGUGUGAACCGGCCGGUGUCGGUUUGAACAAAAAAGUGUAUUUCGUGUGUAACGAGCUAUGCCAGCCAUGGAUUCGUCUACCUCAUGUGACCCCAGCGCAGAUUGCAGUGGCCAGAAAGAUUCGAAAGUUGUUCACCGGGAGACUGGAUAACGAGAUGAUGACGUUCCCGCCUUUUCCUGGCUUGGAGAAGAAUUACCUGCGCGCGCAGAUAGCCCGGAUCAGUUCGAGCACGCACGUUUCUCCGAUUGGUUACUUCAAGUUUGACGAGUUCACGGAGGAAGAGGAGGAUGAGGAAGAUAAAGGUCAUUCGACGAUAUCACCUCUACAAUUAUUCAAAGAGCUUGACAAAAGUGAAGGACGAGAGUCGUUCGUGGAAGACCCGGAUUUCGAGGGUUUGUUGAUGAAGGAGAUGACCAGCGCCUCUUACUGGGUUCAUCACAUGCCAUACAUCCUACCCCAGGGUCGGACAACAUGGUUCAAUAUGUCGGUGCACAGAGAAGAAAUGGAGGAAGAUGAAGAUGAAGAAGAAGAGAAAAAAGAACCAGACGAGCCGGAACCGGAAACGGGUCCGCCUCUACUGACUCCGAUAUCCGAUGACAAAAGUCUCAAGUUCGAUCCUGAAUGGAUAACAAGAGCUUCUUCCCGGUUUGUUCCGGAGUAUUCCGUUGCUCUGGUCCAGUCAAACAUUUGGCCAGGCGCUGUAGCCGUGGCAACGGAUAAUGGCAAAUUCUUUGAGAAUGUUUACAUCGGCUGGGGACACAAGAACCUGGAGUCUAACUUUGAACCAGCAUUACCAGACCCACCAGUUUCCGAAUUCCCCACCGGACCGGAAGUGAUUGAAUCAGAUGACCCGACACCGGAAACGGAAGCAGCUGUACACGCGGCUCUUCUGCGAGAACAAGAACCGAAAGAACUCGCAGAAGAAGAGGAGGAGGGCGGAGAGGAGGAGGAAAUAGAGGAAGAAGAAGAUUAGUUUGAUAAACAACAAUAGGAACAAAAAAGUAGAAUAAAUUAGUAAUAAAUAAUGUGAACUGUUCAAGAUAUUGUAUUCAUUAAAGAUAUUUAUAUUUUUAACUUUCAAAAUCUGACGACUUAUCCUUACUAACAUUAAUAAAAUCAAACUAUUAAUACAAAUUCAGACGUGUUGUGUUCAUAGAUACUCUUUGUUAGUAUUAGUAAAGAAAGGAAUUUAGAGGUGCAUUAUUACAGACACAAGUGACAUUAAGUGGUCAGUAACUACAAAUUAAUAUAUCCUAUACAACUGUUUAAUAAAUAACUCGAGAUUAUUGAAAUUAUAAUAUUUAUUUCAUUUCUUUUCAACUUAUUU